GACAUUUUGGGUGGCUGUGGCAUUUCCUGAAGCCAAAAUCGAACUCUGCCACAACAACCGGCGAGAAUCGUACCCGAAAAUCGUACCCGAACCGCGGCUCACAUCUCUGAUCCGCAAACCCGCCAUGAAUCUACAAAACCCAAAACCCAACACCCCCGAUUUCUCGCCCUUUCCCCUUUAACUCUCUCUCUCUCUCUCUCUCUCUCUCUCUCUCCUCUACGGCGACGGAGAUGUCGCAGCCCACCGUCGUCGGCGGCGGCGGUGGCGGCGGCGCCGCCGACGCGAUGGCGGAGCCCCAGGGCGGCGGAGGAGUAGGAGGGUAUGCGGUGGAGCUGUACUUCGACCCGGCGCUGGAGAACCAGGUGCUCAAGGCGUGGAACGUGCUCGCCCGACGCCAAAUCAGCACCCGCCUCAUCGACAUCUCGGCGCGCCCCCACCUCACCCUCCUCUCCUUCCCCGCAUCCCCCUCCCCACCCGACCCCCUCCGCCUCCUCUCCCCGCUCCGCUCCCUCUCCUCCCGCGUCGACCCCCUACCGCUCUCCCUCUCCUCCGUCGCCUCCUUCCCCUCCCCUUCCCCCUCCGCCGAUGGCGAUGGCGGCGGCGGCGGCGUCCUCUUCCUCGCGCCCACCCCCACCGCCGCGCUCCUCGGCCUCCACGCCCAGCUCUGCGAGGUGCUCAAGAAGGAGGGGAUCGAGGCGCCCGAGGGGUUCCGACCCGAUUCGUGGGUCCCCCACUGCGCCGUGGCCGAGGACGUGCCCAGAGCCCGCAUGGCCGAGGCGUUUUGUAUCCUCCGCGAUCUCAAGCUCCCCGUGUCGGGCUACGCCAUGGACAUCGGGGUCGUCGAGUUCUCCCCUGUUCGGGAGAUCUUCACCUUCCCCCUCGGCGGCGAAUCCUGAGGUCUUAUUUGGUUAAACAUCAAACAUCUAUACAAGAAGAACAUUGCAUCAGCAAGUACUAUAUAGGGGAGGUGGCUUUUCUUACUUCUAAUUUAACUCAUUGGCCCCUGAGGUUAAUGGAAGAAAGCGCGUUUUAAGAAGGCGAAGCACAUCGCUCUCGGUUCCUCUGUCUACUCUCUAUCUUGUUCACAGAGGCUUCUCAAUUACUGGCGCAUUGAUCAUGUCUUUUAACAUUUCUUAUUUUAUUUUUUUUCUUUUUAACAUCCAUUCGAAGCAAGUGGAUGUAAGUUUGUUGAUCACUUUACUGCUUGUCCUCCUCAUCCCCUUAAUUGUAAGGUUAUUUUAGUCGUUUGGCCAUCAAUAGGUUUUAGAUUUAUGUGGCCAAAUCUGAUUUAUCGGUUAUUUAGCCGUUUGAUGUGGACAUUACAAAGAAGUUUUUCGGCUUAUUAUCUUGCA